AAAGUAGUGGCCUGGUGAGUUCUGUUGAAGAAUCUCGUACAAUCGUCUCGUAUCGACAUGACCGAGACUAUCUCCCCCGACUAUCUUGUCAUCGGCGCGGGUGCCAUGGGCAUGGCCUUCGUUGAUACUCUGAUCUCUGACAAGGACGCUACGGUGGCCAUCGUCGAUCGCUAUUCCCGUCCGGGGGUUCAUUGGACGCUUGCAUACCCGUUUGUCGCCCUUCACCAACCGUCCGACGUCUACGGCGUCAAUUCUCGCCAGCUCGGAGAUGAGAAAAUAGUUGGAUACAACAAAGGCCUUGCCGAGGUGGCAACGGGCGAUGAGAUCGUCGCCUAUUACACUAAGGUCCUGAACACUACUCUCCUUCCGUCUGGUCGCGUUACCUACUACCCACUGCACAACUACACCGGGGAUGGAGAGUUCCAAUCGAUUGCCACAGGCAAGAUGUUCUCGGUCGGACCAAGCACUCGUAUUGUGGACUCCACAUACGUGAAGGUCACGGUCCCCUCUAUGAGUCCACCUUUGUAUGAGGUCUCAGAAAACGCCAACCUUGUUACGCCCAACGCCUUAGCGACUCUAAAGCGACCUUAUGGCGCCUAUACAAUCAUUGGAGCCGGGAAGACUGCAGUCGACUCAUGUUCGUGGCUGCUAGCUCAAAACAUUGACCCGAAGGAUAUUUCCUGGAUCAUGCCGCGCGACUCCUGGUUCAUAGAACGCGCUAUUCUCCAGCCUCCAGAGGCUACGCCCAACCCUGAACAACUGCUGGAAGAAAAAACCAAUGCCAUCAUGGGGUCCAAAACAUCUCAAGAGAUGUUUCAUCGCAUGGAGCAACUCGGACACGCCCACCGUCUAGACAAGAGAAUCGAGCCUACCAUGUUCAGGCACGCGAUUGUCACAAAAGCAGAGUUUAAAGAGAUGAAGAAAGUCAAGAACAUCAUACGCCAGGGACGAGUCAAACGCGUUGACCCAGACAAAGUCACCUUGGAGAAGGGCACAUACACUCCUGUGCCCGACACUCUCUUCAUUGACUGCACUGCGCCUGGCUUAGGGAACGUGCCCCCUGUUCCUGUCUUCAAUAGUAGAAACAUCACUAUUCAGAACAUAAAGUUCUUCCAGCCCACGUUCAGCGCUGCUCUCAUUGGACACGUCGAAGCCAGUUUCGACGAAGAAAAUCUCAAGAACACUCUUUGCGACCCUUUUCCAUACACUCGCGAACCGGCGGAUUACCCUACGACCCUCCUGGCUUCUAUGAAAAACAGGCUCAAGUGGAUGGAAGAGCCCAAGGUGAGUGAAUGGUGUGCAAAGUCUCGUCUUGACUUUCCCGUCAUGGGUCCGCCGCCCAGAGAUCCUGAGAAGGCCGCAGCUUUCAAUGCCAGUAUCGAGCAACAAAUCAGAGGUCUCUGUGAUCACUUUGAACGGAUGGCAAAGAAUGACGCUGCAAGUGUAGCCUAGCUGUAAUGCCGAAGUAUUCUUUGAGACCAUUCUCCUUUGUUUCUCAAG